AUGAUCGCAUCAGCUAAAUUGCAAAUAUCUCAUGAAUUUCCAGCAGAAAAGGACAUAUUUUCAUCGAAAUCAAUGCUUAUUUCUACUUCAUACUCUUGUUUCAUUUCAGUAUCACUACGUGCAAGUUCCACUGACAUUCUUCCGAAUGCCAAAUGGGAACAAAAUGGUAUCACUGUUGCUGGAGGAAAUGGAGAAGGCAGUGAAACUAACCAACUCUUUUUCCCAUGGGGUUUGUACGUGAAUGAGGAUCAAACGGUUUAUGUCGCUGAUGCUAGAAAUAAUCGUAUUGUGGAAUGGAAAUCUGGUGCAACGAAUGGAAAAGUGGUUGCUGGUGGAAAUGAAUAUGGAGAUGGACCUCAUCAAUUAAAAUACCCAUUCGAUGUGCUUAUCGACAAAGAGACCGAUAGUCUCAUCAUCUGCGAUCGAGAGAAUAAUAGAAUAGUUCGCUGGCCCUGUCAAAAUGGUACUCGUGGGGAAUCAAUUGUUUCAAAUAUCUCUUGCCGCGGUUUGGCCAUGGAUGACAAUGAUUCUCUCUAUGUCGUUGACCAAGAAAAACAUGAAGUGAGACGAUAUAAAAUUGAUGACACUAAAGGAACAGUGGUUGCAGGUGGUAAUGGACAAGGAAAUUGUCUCGAUCAAUUCUCUACUCCACAAUACAUAUUUGUCGAUCGAGAUCAUUCAUUGUAUGUGUCUGAUACUGGAAAUGAUCGUGUAAUGAAAUGGGACGAAGGCGCAAAACAAGGCAUAGUCGUAGCCGGUGGCCAAGGACAAGGAAAUAGUCUUACACAAUUGAAUAGUCCUUAUGGAGUCGUUGUCGAUCAGUUGAGUACUGUCUAUGUGGCUGACUUUCAGAAUCAUCGAAUCAUGCGUUGGCCAAAAGGAGCCAUUCAAGGAAAUGUCAUUGUUGGUGGAAACGGUGCAGGAGUACAGUCGAAUCAACUCAAUUGUCCCAUUGGUUUAUCAUUUAGUCGAUAUGGCAGUCUCUUUGUUGUAGAUUACCACAAUCAUCGAGUGCAAAAAUUUAAUAUCGAAUUAACUCAAUGCGAUGAUUAA